ACAUAGUUGAUGAAAGGCAACUUUUAAACAGAAAACAUCUGGCUAAAGUUGCCUCAAACUUAGGAAAGCGCUGACCUGUAGCCAUGGUAACAAGUAGCCAACCAGAACCAGCUUUAAAUCUACUUAGUGACUGCUGACAUCACUUACCAACCAUUGGACGGGUCCCUGCCCUUGCCCACUGAGAACCUUUGGCCACCAGGGUUCUGAGCACGUGCACAUUUGUGUUUAGUCCCGUUGCUUGGUUACAGUCACAAAACUGGAUGCUUCCAGUUGGGCUGUUGUGGCGGAGCGGUUGGCUUAUCCAUAAUAAUAUCUAAUAGUAUUUAAUAAUAUUGGGCUUCAGAGGCGGGUAAUAGCUGAGCGGGGAGGUGAGGCGUCUCUGAAGCUGGUAUCUUCCACCAUGGAGGAGCCUUCUGGCUGGUGCAGGAAGAAGGGCCAGUCCCCUUUGGUCUCCUCCACCAGUCUAAAGAAAAGCAGUGUGGACACUAAGUGGUUGAGAAAGAGAAUCAGAUACUUUCGACUUAGGUACCAACAUGGAAAUCUGGGAAAGAUCCAUGUAGCUGCCAGAAGGGGUGAUGUGGAAAAAGUACGGCAGGUCCUUCUGCGCGGAGAAGGUGGCCUGAACGACAGAGACUGGAAGGAUAGGACCGCGCUACACUGGGCCUGUGCACUGGGUCAUCACGAAGUGGUAGCUCUCCUAGCAGAGAAAAAAUGUGAUAUUAACCUCUACAACAGCAGAAGGAAGACAGCUCUGAUGAAGAGCUCGCUCACUCCGCUUUUACUUGCUAUACUAAAAAACAGACAACCAAUGGUGGAAUUUUUAGUACAGAACGGAGCAAAUAUACACGCAACUGACAACAUGAGGAGAACAGCCCUCAUGUUUGCGGUAACUCACAAAUCAACAAAAAUAGUCAGGCUUCUUCUUGAGCGAGGCAUUAAUGCCUUUUCUGAAGAUAUCUAUGGACGGACUGCAGACGUAUAUGCUGCUGCUAGUGGUCAUUUCACGCAUUGCGAUGUAAUUUUUGAACUUGCACUGGAACGGGAACUUAUAGAGAAUACCAAUCCAAAGUCUCCUGACAAAUAUCCUAACUUGAAGGGUUUGGUUAGGAGUGUGGUCAUUGUACACGGCAGAUUACUUGUAGGUUUGUCAGCAGAACAAGACUUUAAAAUGACAGCAGACAAAGAGCAAGAAAGGCUUGAUGGAAGUGAAAGUAAGCAUCCACAGGUGCAAAAAAUGUCUCAAGAACCAGAAAUGAAUAAGGAUUGUAAUAGAGAGGAUGUAUCUGUAUAUUCAGGACCUCCUUUCAUGCAAAACUAUGAGGAAAUGUCAAUUCAAGAAGAAAAAUUAGAGUGGAAGAAUAACUCAAAAUUUAUCACCGAUGAGUUAAACCAGAGGUUUGGUGAAAUGUGUGAAAAAUACAAAAUUACUGCUUGUCCUGAGGAAGAGCCACUACAUGAUAAUUCUAAAGGAGGAGCCGAUUUAAAGGAAAUACCCUCUAAUUUGACAAAAGAUAUAGUUGAUUGUGUGGGAAGUAAUGUACUUGGAAUCUCUGUAGAACUCCAGGCACUUCCUGAACAAAAAGAAGACCCCAGUCUCAAAGAUAUCUUUCCAUCUCAUUCACACUCUGGGUCCACAGAAUACACUUGCCAGUCAUCUUCUAAGCUUUAUUUAAAUGAAAAUAAAUUAGAUGGUGAAAACGAUAACAAACUAGACACUGAGUAUGUUUUUAACACAAAUGAGGAGAAUUUUUAUAGUGAUACAGAAAAUAAAAAAGGAAGGAAUCCAGAAGUGGUUACAGUUGAAGUAAAGGAACACCAAGAGUUUGAUAUGCAAAUGACAGAAAAUAUGAUCCAGAACACCAGUAAUGGGAAAUUAGACACUGGACAUGUGCCGCAGUCUAGGGACCCAAAGAGCCUCGUUGAAGUAAAGGAACACCAAGAGUUUGAUAUGCAAAUGACAGAAAAUAUGAUCCAGAACACCAGUAAUGGGAAAUUAGACACUGGACAUGUGCCGCAGUCUAGGGACCCAAAGAGCCUCGUUGAAGUAAAGGAACACCAAGAGUUUGAUAUGCAAAUGACAGAAAAUAUGAUCCAGAACACCAGUAAUGGGAAAUUAGACACUGGACAUGUGCCGCAGUCUAGGGACCCAAAGAGCCUCGUUGAAGUAAAGGAACACCAAGAGUUUGAUAUGCAAAUGACAGAAAAUAUGAUCCAGAACACCAGUAAUGGGAAAUUAGACACUGGACAUGUGCCGCAGUCUAGGGACCCAAAGAGCCUCGUUGAAGUAAAGGAACACCAAGAGUUUGAUAUGCAAAUGACAGAAAAUAUGAUCCAGAACACCAGUAAUGGGAAAUUAGACACUGGACAUGUGCCCCAGUCUAGGGAUCCAAAGAGCCUUUUUGAUGUGUGGCUUACGCACUGGAAAAAAGUGAAGUCUGUGUUUCAAAUAAAAAGACAUAGUCCUUCUGCUGAUACAGACCCUUACAAGAAAGAAAAAGAGACACAGGACAUGUUCCAGAAGCCACUGCAUGAUAAUUUCAAAAGCAUGAAACCUGAAUUAGAAAAUGUGAAUUCUUCUCCACCACAUAGUGACAGAAGAUCAAAAUUAUGUCUAAGUGAAGAAUUGCAGCAAGAUAUGCAAAAGUUUAAGAGUGAGACAGGCAGGUCCCAAGUCGAGUUCCUGGCUUUGGAUAAAGAUCAAGUUCAAGAAGAGGUUGAUGAAGAAAAGAAUCACAAAACUAAUGAAAUGAAAAUAUCAGAAAACCUGUAUGAUGGUGCUGCUGCUGCUGAUGAUGAUAAUGUAUUAAUUCAACACGGAAAGAAUGGAAGAGCUGAUAACCAGCAAUUUCCCAGUGAGGACAAUGAAGAGUAUGAUAGCAAUCCUGACUUACAUAUGAUGGAAGGAAAGAAAAAUGAAGAUGAAAAACGGACCUCAAAAUUUUCUGUGAUUGCACCAACGUUGGACCAGGCCGAUUCGCUAACUGGUGGUCCACUGCAAGUGAAUGGUGACAACGACUUAGGUAGAAUAGAUCAGGAUGAUGGAAGAUUUGCCUUAAAACAAGAAAAAGAAAAGACUACAGAUGCUGACAUGCUGUGUGACGAGCUUACAGAACCGUUACAGAGAACAGAAGAGUGGCCCAGUGCAGACGCCACAGUGAGACAACGACUCGAAAUGACUCUGAGGACCCGAGAUGCGGAACUGAGGCCUGCCAGAGACAAUCUGAAUCAGGUUUAUGAUAGUCAUAAAAAAGAUCUGUUGCAUAAAAAUCACACGUUGCAGGAUGAAAUUCCCAUGCUAAGACUGGAAUUAGACACAAUUAAAAGUCAGUACCGGGAGAAGGAAAAGAAAUAUUGCAAGGACAUUGAAAUUGUAGAAGAAAAGAAUGAAGACCUUCAAAAGACAGUAAAAUGGGAGAGGGAAACAUCCACAAUAACAAUGUUCCAGUGUAGUGGACAGCUGAGUGUUCUGACAGCUGAGAACACAAUGCUAAAUUCUAAACUGGAGGAUGAAAACCAAAACAAGGAAAGGCUGGAAACAGAAGUUGAACCAUGCAAUUCUAGACGGGUUGCUGCUAUACAGGAUCAUGAUCAAAGGCAGGCAUCUGAAAGGGAUCUAGACCUUGCUUUCCAGAGAGUAAGACGUAAGUGGUUAUAUUUACAGGAACAAGUGAAUUUUGACAUGUCUGUCAUAGAAGAUCAGACUGAAUUUCUUUCUCAAAAACUUUAUGAAGCUGAAAAUAAUAAUAAUAGCCUAGAAAUUGAGCUCUGUCACACAAGAGAUGCUCUCAGAGAAGUGACUUUGGUCUUAGGAUGUGUGCAAAGAGAUCUAAGCCAAACAAAGUGUCAAAUGAAGGAAAUUGAACACUUGUAUCAAAACAAACAAGGCAAAGUGAAUAAACGCAUUGGAGAGCAGGAAUCUGUAGAGGAGAGAUUAUCUCAACUGCAACAUGAAAAUAGUUUUCUUCCACAGCAACUGGAUGAUGCUCACAACAAAGCUGAUCAUGAAGCAGAGAUAGUAGUCCAGUGCCAGUGUUGUGAUACUGUAAGAACACUUCAAGUUCAGAGUAAAAAGCCCAGUCUUGUACUAGAAGACGGAAACAAGGAGCUCAUCAAUGAAUGUAACCACUUAAAAGGAAAGCUGCAUCAGCAUGGAGAUGAGAACGUAGAAAGAGAAGGUGAUGGUCUUACAGCACAGGUGGAAGCUGCAUCCUCAGACUGUCUACAUCUGGAUGAAAAGAAUCGGGUUCUUCAACAAAAGUUAUUACCUUUGAAAACAAUACAAAAGAAAUGUGAAGAACUAGAGAAGGAGAAAGAGCAGUUGGAACAAGUAGUAGUGGACCUCAAAAGACAUAUGGAAAAGAACAUGAUAGAACAUGGCCAAACAGAGCAGUACAAACGGGAGAUUAACGAAAGAGUAAUACAGGAUAUGGUGGAAAAAUUAAAACAAGUCAAUCUGUUUUUACAGGAACAAGCAGCAUCUAGAGAAAAUUCAGAAAAGUUGAUAGAGGAUCAUAAUGCUUCAGUAAGAAGACAGAUGGAACUCACAAUUAAAUAUCUGGAAUUUAAACUCUUCAAAAUGAAAAAUUCUCAAGAUGAUUCUUAUGAAACAGAAUUGGCAACAUAUAAGCAACUCUAUCUAGAAGAAUUAAAAGCCAGAAAAUCAUUGUCAAUUGAACUAAGCAUUGUUAAUGAGAGGCUGGCAGAGUUCAAUAUGCUUCUUAUGGGGAAAGAGCAGCACACAUCUUUAGUCAGCACUUCUGCUGUUACUACGAGACCUGUCCUGGAGUCACCUGGUGCGGCAAUUACUAAUCAUCAUUUAGCACUCAACAGAAAUCAUUUUCCAAGAGAAAACUUAGUGAUUCCUACCUCAACCCUGUGGCCUUCAAAUAACAGCUUGGAGAACUCCUUGGCCACAGUUAGUUAUAUUAUCUCUUUCUUUAGGCUUUCAGAUUUCUGAUAUAAUUCUCGUUUUUAAUUUGGUGAAAUACUGAGGUGUUUAAUUGACUUAGGUAUAUUAAGUAAAGGUCAUAAUUACCUGUGUUCAUAAGUAAAGGAGACAGAAAUUUUACUUUUUUUAAAAAAAAAUGUCACGAGCUCACUUUUAUGAGUAAAUUUGUUAACUUUAUUCAAUAAAUAUAACUAAACUGACAUAUUUUAUAUUUCUUUAAAAGCUGUAUUUAACUAGAUUUUAGAAAUUGAAUAUUAUUGCCUGAUAACUAAAGGUGUACUUUGAGAUACUUUGGCUUACUUUCUAAUUGAUUUUAGUUUGGCUGUGGUUCAUAACACUUUUAAAGUUUUUCUGCACCGGCCCAUGUUUCCACCCCUAACCGUAAGUGAAUGAUCAGCAUCCAAACACUCCACCCUGUGUGGGUGUGUAUUGCUUAAAGGAAUCCUGGAGAAAUCCUUUUUAUAAAUCACAUAAACCUGUAACAAUAAAAAGGUUCAUUUCUGCUUUUAAGUUAAAA